AAAUUAUAAAAGUCGAAAAAUUGAGGUUAUCUUAAUACCGGAGGUUAUAAAGUCACGUUGAAAUUAUACUUAAACUUCAAUUAAAUCUCAAAAUAUUUUUAAUUACUUAAAAAAAUGGUUGAACAACAAAGACAAAGGGUUGAACAAGAAAUGACCAAAAUGGUUAACGAAAUUGAUAGAGACUUUUUAAGAAAAAUGCAGGGUACUAUGCAUCGUUGUGCUGCAAAAUGCUGUGAUGAUAAUGUUAUGUCGUUAGAAAGUGUUCAACGUUGUAUAGAAAAUUGUGGGGUUCAAUUAAACGAGAGUCAAAAUUAUGUUCAAAGGGAAUUAGAGGGUUUACAACAUAGGUUACAAAGAUGUGUUAUGGAUUGUAAUGAUACUGUAAAAGAUAAAAUGGGACCAAAUCCAGCAAAUACAGAGAUAUCAAAAUAUACAUUAAUGUUUGAAAAUUGUGCUGUUAAAUGUGUUGAUAAGCAUUUAGAGUUAAUUCCAUCAGUGAUGAAAGCUAUAAAGAACGUUUUGUCACAAAAAGUGUAAUAUUUUUUUAUUGAAAUACUUUGAUAUUUCAAUUAGUGCAUUUUAUAUUAGUUUGAGAUUUAUUAUAUUUACCUAAAAGAUGUUCAUUAUAAGAUAAAAUCAAAAGAAAAUCGAUUGUUUAAAUAA